GUCGCCGCCGCUGCCGCCGCUGAUGGGUCGGGACACACGCUCGCGCUCGCUGUUCCGGGGUCGCGGGGGACGAAGGCAGCGGAGCCGGAAUAGAAGUCGGAGUGGGAGCCAUGGGCGGCGAAGCCGGCGGCGCCGGGAGGACGAGGGGCGGCGCGGGCGGAGGCGGCGGAGCCGGGAGCGCAGGUCGGAUUCAGAGGAAGAACGAUGGCAACGACGGGGACGGAGAAGUCAGAGCCCGCCACCAAGGUGGCACUCACGGGACCAGUCCUCCCGGUCUGACUCGGGGGACGAGCGACAGAGGGGCAGGUGGACCUGCCGCCAGCGGACACGCUCUUGGUCCCUGGGCUCCUCGGCGUCAAGCUCAGCAUCCCCGGACCGCUCCCAGAGCCCUCAGGAGGCGGCAGCUGCGACCCUAAACCAGCAGCAGAACUUGCAGGAGCAGCUGCGGCUGCGGGAGGAGCGGAAGCAGCAGGAGGAGCUGAUGAAGGCCUUCGAGACGCCGGAGGAGAAGCAAGCCCGGCAGUUAGCCAAGAAAGAGGCCAAGGAGAGGAAGAAGCGAGAGAAGAUGGGCUGGGGGGAGGAGUACAUGGGGUACACCAACACCAACAACCCCUUCGGCGACAACAACCUCCUAGGCACCUUCAUCUGGAACAAGGCCCUGGAGAAGAAGGGGAUCGGCCACCUGGAGGAGAAGGAGCUGAAGGAGCGCAACAAGAGGAUUCAGGAGGACAACCGGCUGGAGCUGCAGAAGGUGAAGCAGCUGCGGCUGCAGCGGGAGCAGGAGAAGGCCAUGUGGGAGCAGGAGCUGGAGCUGCUGCAGCGGGAGAAGGAGGCGGAGCACUUCAAGACCUGGGAGGAGCAGGAGGACAACUUCCACCUCCAGCAGGCGAAGCUGCGCUCCAAGAUCCGCAUCCGGGACGGGCGGGCCAAGCCCAUCGACCUGCUGGCCAAGUACAUCAGCGCCGAGGACGACGACCUGGCCGUGGAGAUGCACGAGCCCUACACCUUCCUCAACGGGCUCACCACGGCCGACAUGGAGGACCUGCUGGAGGACAUCCAGGUGUACAUGGAGCUGGAGCAGGGCAAGAACGCGGACUUCUGGCAGGACAUGACCAUCAUCACAGAGGACGAGAUCUCCAAGCUCCGCAAGCUGGAAGUGUCAGGCAAGGGGCCAGAUGUGACAAGGGUGUGGAGCAUGCCCUCCCCCACUACGCUGCCACUUACCUGCCACUGCUGCUCGUCCUGGUGGCCAACCCCAUCCUCUUCCAAAAGACAGUGACCACAGUGGCCUCUUUACUAAAAGGAAGACAAGGCAUCUAUACAGAGAAUGAGAGACGGACGGGAGCUGUGCUCAAGAUCCGAUUUUUCAAAAUAAUGCUAGUUCUGUUUCUUUGCUGGUUGCCAAAUAUCAUCAAUGAAAGCCUUUUAUUCUAUCUUGAAAUGCAACCGGAUAUCAAUGGAGGCGCCUUGAGAUCUGUCAGAAAUGCAGCCAAGACCACGUGGUUUAUUAUGGGAAUCCUGAAUCCAGCCCAGGGGUUUCUCUUGUCUCUGGCCUUCUACGGCUGGACAGGGUGCAGCCUGGCUCUUCAGAACCCCAGGAAGGAGAUGCAGUGGGAAUCGAUGGUGACCUCAGCCACCCAGCCAGCGUCCUGCCCGGUGGGGUCCGGACCCCGCGCAAAGGGCGCCCCCGGGAAGAUGGCGCCUGGCGGUGGGCACACGUUGGAGGAGACCCCGAGCGUGCUGUCUGAAG